AUAUAAGAAAGUAUUAUUUUGUAAUCAGUAUGUAAAAUUAAUAAGGAUUGAGAUUGAACGUUCAUGAUUUAAAUAAUUUCAGUAGAGAUGGUCAAUGACUCUGAUCACUGAACAACAAGACUGCAUCUAUUUCUACCUGAUCUAUCGCGAUGGCGGAUAUUGUAUUAUGUUACGACGAGACAGAGGAGGUUGCGUAGCCAAUGAUGCGAGAUGGUGAAGUGCGAGGUCAUCUCCACGGACUCUCCUUCAACGAUUCAACUCGUGCACUUGUCUGCUAUAAAUGCAGACCUUGUUGAAUAAAAAGGACUGAGAAAAGAUACGCAAGGACAUACGUACGAGAGAGAAAAUUAAUUCUACACAUAAAUGGUCCUUGUAAAGGAUAAUUUCGACAAAAAUACGUACGAGGACAAAACGAUAUAGAUUUGAAAUAAUAUUAUCGAAAUAACGAAUAAGUUUCAAACGAAAUAAAGAAUUCACAUUUUAGUGCUUCGAUCCUUCGGAAUAACUCUUACAUAAUAUACGAAGCCAUACAUAAGAGGGAGAACACAUAUCGAUGAGUCAAAUGCUUUUACGUAAAUGUUAAAGCCAAUUUUUGUAGGAUACUGCUCUUAUUUCACGAGUAUUCUUUUUACUUAUUAAAAUAAUUUCAACGUAACAGGUCAUAACCCGUGACUCAAUUUAACCUUAUUGCUUGCUUUCCAAAGAUAUGACUCAUUAAGUAACAAAGUGACUUAUAGACAUAAAACAUAAAGAUUAUAAGUACGAAAAAGUAACAAGAUUUUGUGGGCUUCGUUAUAGAGAUUACGAUAUUAAAUACGGUAUUAUUCAAAUAAUACGAACGUCACAACACAACAACAACAACGAGUGAUUACUCAUGCAUUAAUAUAAACAAGUAUCCAAUAAAGAAAAGCCGUUUGAUUUAAUUAUAUAAUAUAUAACAGAAUAAAUUUUAUUAAGGAAUUCAUGUUAUUAUGUUUUAUUGAAUAUAAUAUGUUAUAUUAUAAUGUACAGAAAGUUAUACGUAUCUGGAUGGUAGAAUGGAAAAGAAAAAAAGAAGAGAAGGAAAGAAAACCAUAGAAAGAACCCUUUCGAUAGUGAUACGAUGAAUCUUGUGUAUCUCUGUCCUUUCUUACCGCACGUAUGGGCAUACAUCGUACCGGCCGCACUUGACCUAUAUCUUAUUAUGCUGGUAGUGUCCGAAUGCAAUGCACGAAGUGUUUGUGAAUAAGCCCGGGGGGCCCCUCUUUGAGAUUAUCAAGGACAUAAGAAAAUUAUUAAACUAGAUAUAGAUAAAUCUUGAUCGAUAUGACGUAUCCAGGUGUCUAUCGAGGUCCGGUUGGACGCUUUCGACUGCUACCGAGUCUUCCGUUCUUCGGCGUCAUUUAGGAAGGUCAUGACCUCAGGGUAGCUUUACCAUCGCGUAGACUACGAUUGCCACAUUGUGCGCGUGCGAGCAUGCGCGGGAACAAGCGAAAGUAUUUAAACAAGUGGAGAUGUCUUAUGGAAGGCCACUGUCGCUCGAACUGUCACGGAUCGCGCAACGUUCCCCUUACUUUCCUCCCUACCUACAGUCUAAAAAGGAGCACACGCAUUCGCCUGCGAACAAGGAGGGGAAGAUUCGUUCCUCGUUCUUUUUCCCUUAAUUUCCACCCAUCCCCCUUCUCAGCUUGUCCUUGUCGCCUCUCAGUGGUCCUCCCUUUAAAGUCGCGCUACUGCUCAUAAGAGAGCACAGAUUCCUUUAAGAAAUCUUGUCGCAUCGACGUUCAUUCCUUUACAUCAUCUCUAUCUUAUCAAGUGGAUCAUCUGUCGAUGAUCGAUAUUAGACGAAUUUCAUUGAUAACGAUCUCUACGAUAGUAUAAGGAAUAAUGUUAAACGUUAAAGUUACGUAGAAGAUAAAGGUUGAACGUCAUUUAAAGAGGAAAAAAAAGAACAAAAAUCUCGUGAAGUUUUACUCGUCUUGAAGGGCUUCGCUCGAUAACUCGAUGAGAAACCAUUGCUUGGCUAAGUCUUACAAUAUACAACAAAAAAAUAUAUAAGCAUUUCGCUAAUUGGAAAGAUGGACGAGCUAGAAGUUCAACAGGAAUCCAGAGAUAUAGUCGGUAACUUGACGUUCUCGCCACCGCCGAUGAAAAAGUCCGAUACGAGGGACAGUAUCUCUUCCGUUGACAGCGAUGUUAGUCUUUCUUUCGAUAGAAGAGGUUCGAAGGAUGAGGAAGCUGAUCAAUCUGACAGCAUGACAUCUGAUAGCGAAGGAAAAUCGACCGAGGCUAUCGUGAAGCAACAAAACGGUGAACAAGAUUCGGGCAUAGAUUCUUUGGACGAUGUCGCUCAGAAAGAAUUAGGCAAACAGAAAACCGUAACAACUAGCAAUAAGGAAUCUACUGUUCAAGAUCAGCUUGAUAAUUUUGUCUUGCCUAGCGAUGAGUUAAGCGAAAAGAUCUGCACUCAGGUAGAAUCUUAUUUCGCUGAUGAAAACAUUGUUAAGGAUGCUUUUCUUCUGAAGCACGUAAAGAGAAAUAAGGAGGGUUACGUCUCGUUGAAACUCGUCUCGAGCUUUAAAAGAGUAAAACAUCUUACUAAAGAUUGGAGGGUUGUUGGUGCUGCUUUGGCAAAGUCUACCAAAUUGCAAGUUAAUCCUCAGGGUACAAAAUUACGUAGGCUAAAUCCUUUACCAGCUUUCGAUCAAACGACACCCUCUAGAACGAUUUUAGCUGCUAGACUUCCUCUUGAAAGACUUUCUGUCGAAUCGGUAGCCGAAAUCUUUAAACCAUGUGGUGAGAUCGCACUGAUCAGAGUACUCAAGCCUGGACAUCCUGCACCUGCCGAGGUCCGACAGGCAAUCUCAAAGAGGCAAGAACUGAAGCCAACCGAGGAAUGUGCCAUGAUUGAAUUUACAGAUUCGGCAUCGGCUAGAUUGGCACUAGAAAUGAAUUUAGGAGAUGCGAAAAUAUUCGAAUUACAACAGUCCGACAAGAAAAGAAAACAACAGCUGACGAAGAAGACAAUCGUCACGAAAUUGACUAAAGAAGAUACUUAUAAUUCAUCGAGUUGCGCUAGUGGAUCCGAGGCUGAAGAUGGAAAAGCAAAAUACAAAAGGGCUGUUCAUGGAUAUCCUAUAUAUCACGUUUAUCCUGGCCAUCCUUUCCAAGGUCCACCAUCACCAGAUGCAUGGUUAUCGCGCAGAUUGUCUUCCUGUUCAAUUUCAGGAUCAGAAAACGGCUUUGUUUUUCGCCGUUUAUCUUCUAGUUCUGGUUCAAAUUGUUCAGAUGCUAGCAACUACGGUAGACGAUAUUCUUCCUGCUCAUCCGCCUCCGAGACUGGUUGUUGUCCCAUAAUUUAUCCUCCAGGUUAUUAUUAUCAACAAAACCGACGUUUCUCCUGUUGCUCCGGCGGUUCAGCUUCUAGCAACGAGUGCAACGGUACUUGUUACAAUCCUAGUCGCCGAGGUUCAGUGGACUGUGGCCCAUUUUUCCGUAGACUAUCCACUUGUAGUCGAGAUUCGGGUUUCGAUCCGGGGGUGAGAAGACUAUCUUUAUGUUCUUCGAUUUCAGAGCAAAAUAACUUUUGCCGAUCAAGGAAUAACAAUGGCUUGGCCAUGACACACUUGCCUGAAAAUGUAACGAGGAUGCCUUCUGGUCCUGAUGGAACGCGUGGCUUUGGCCGACCUCCUAGAAUGAAUCCUAUCACACCGACUAUGGAACCAGCAUGUUAAAUAUUUCCUUUUCACGACGUGAUUUUUUCCGCGUUAUAGUGAUCUCCAAUCAUCCUUAAACAGGAUAUUCUACUAGAAAUGAAAAUUAUUAUGCGUUUAGAAAAUCUGAUAUUGUUAUAUUUUCCCACUUUUUCUCUUGUACGAUAUAAGAAAAUUGGAAAACAUUUCAAUUGUAAAAUUUGUUAUAUCCGCUAUAUAUUUGAAUUGAACUUGAGAUAUUUCAAAUGAUAAAAGUUUGUCUAUAUUUUAUGUAUAUGUAUAUUGAAUGUAUGAUAUGAAAAAUCCCCAAUGAAAUAAGUACAAAAAUUUGACAAUUAAAAAAAAAAA